CCGGUAUUGGAUAUGAGACCGAUGCUAGAUGGAAGCAAAUGUUCGUGGUUACAUAUCAAGCAGUGAAUUGUUCACCUGUGAGUAGUAGUCUGUAGACGCGUAUAAAUCUACGAAUGUAGCAGACCAGUAGAUCGCACCUUGGGUGUCGGAAGGUUUGAAAGAGGGGUGUAAAAGUGUGCGUGGUAUAAAGAAGAAAAUUAAGUGAAAGCAUUUAAGGUGUACCACAGUGCCAGUAAUGAGUGAAAUCAAGAAUCGCGAUAGGAUAUUGGAAGCGAUUGAUCAGCUGCGUCGUCGAAAAGCACGUCCAGACGCUGAAAGAAUAUGUAACUUUCUGUUGCGGCGUUUUGGCGUUGAUAGUCAAGAUACUAUAGCGGACUUGGAACGCCUUGUUGAAGAAGAUAUUGUAAUUAAAGUCGAGUAUAAAGGAAAUAUAAGUUACAGGAACGCAGCCAAGUGGUCUAGGUUUGCAAUGUAUAAUAAAAACAAGGAAGAAGGAUUUACUGGAAGUAUUUAUGGAUCAUUAAAUUCUGAAGGAACCAGUAGCUUGCUGAGCAGUGCGGUCGCAGAAUUGAUAAUACAUGAACCAGAUUAUCUGGAUUUUGGUGUACCUGGUACCGAGCUGGAAAAGUAUAUGCAAGAAAAAGAUAGCGUUCGCUUUACGAAAAAGUAUUUGGAUGUUAUUUUGCAGCGUGAACUUAAUUCUGGCAACAUAGUAAAACUCGAAAACGGAAAUUACUCCUUGGCCGAUCACCCUGUGCCGUCUAAUCCAAACGUAAUUAACAAUGCUGAUAACAAUGAAACAGUUAAAAUGCUGAAAAUAGAUUCGCCUAAUUCGUCUCAGGUUUCGGAAGAGGAACAGAAUCAAACGAGCGAAUUGAAUGCCAACGUAAAUGUAACAUCUCCGAAAGCAGAAGAUGUCAACAAUAAGAAUGACGACAAUAUGCAUGACGGAAAGGAAGAAACUUUGGAGACAAAUGUGGCAGCAUCCGUUUCCACAGAAGGAUAUCGAGAUGGAGCCAAACGUAAGCGUUCAAAGAAGGUUUUCUUUGAUCCAUCGGAUAUUCAUAUUCCAACACGUAAACGUGGACGACCUGUGGGUGCCACAAGUAAGAAUAAAGAUAAAGAUGCAGGCAAGAGCAAUAUCGCUAUUACCAAAGCGGAAACAGAUAAAGGCUUUUGUUACCUAUGCAUGAAUCAAGGUCAAGAUCGCCGCGGCCAGUUUGAAAAACUAAUUUCGUGCAAAGAUUGCACCAAUAAAGUUCAUCCAAGCUGCAUAGAUUCGGGUAAGGAAGGAGCCAGUUCAUCCCACUGGCAGUGUGUUCAGUGUAAAACCUGUGCCGUCUGCAUUGAGACCAUAGACAAGGGUCCACUGAUGGUGUGUUGUUGCUGCAGUGAAAGUUACCAUCCAUCCUGCCAUGAUCCCAAACUUCCUGAUGAGACAAGGAGCAGUGAAUUUGUGUGCUCACGAUGUAUACCUCCAGCAACAAGGUCAUAUUAUGGGAUGGAUGCUCAAAUUGAUGACAGAAUCCCAGAUGUUUCUGGUUGGAGUGUUGAACAGGUAUCAAAAUACCUGGAAGAACAAGGCUACCCAGUACAAGCAGCCGUAUUUAGAGACCAUGAUAUUGAUGGACCCUCACUACUUCUUAUGAAAAGAAGUGAUGUAUUAAUUGGAUUGCAUUUGAAGUUGGGCCCAGCACUGAAAAUAUAUGGUCAAGUGAAGAAACUGCAGAUUCGGCAGAGUGAUCCUGCAUUACUCUGGCCAUGAAGAAGGUUAACAUCAUUCUUGCAGGAAUAAUUGUGUAUUUAUUUACUCCUCCACAUUGCAGCAUUGACAUUUCUUUUGAUGUGUCAAAGACAGUUUAUUAAACCUCUGUAUAAAUGUGCAAUAUUGUUGAAUGACCGAUUGAAUUACAGGGGCUAUAGUGUUGUAUUCUUCUGUAACAGAUGACAAAGAAUUCAUGACUUAUACACAAUUUGAGAGUUUUGCAUGUCAGUUAUGCAGGAAGUUGCGGUUGAAAUAAUUACAAGAAAAUGCUGAAUAGGUACAAGUAUGUACAGUAAAAUCUGCUUAAGCAGAUUCCAUGUUCAUUGAAACAGGAAAAUUGUAUAUUUAUUCAGAGAUAUUGUCACCAACAAUGUGAUGCCAUGUGGUCUGAUAGAAGUUAUCAAUCUUUUUGGAGGAUAUAUUGCGUCCAUCUUGAGGACAUUAGUUUCCUUGCAAAUGGCAGCAGCCUGUUACUCCAUAACAUUGCUAAACUUCUACCAAAAUGCAUGACAUUAUAUCUCAGGGGACAAGUAAUCUUCAUAGUCAUUUGUAUGAGAACCUCAAAUAUCAUGUAUUUAUUCAUUUUACUAUGAAAGAAGAUCAUAGAUUUAACAUUGAAUUUUCCAGUAUUUGGUAGUAUAUGUAUUUUUUAGUACUGAAGUAAUGGAGCUUGAAA